AUGGCUAAUACCGAAAUAGCUAUUUAUGAUACUAUGCAAUUUGUGCGACCAGAUGUACAGACAGUAUGCAUGGGAUUAGCCGCUUCAAUGAGAUCUUUUAUCCUGGUUGGGGGAGUUACCAAACAUUUAGCAUUCCCUCAUGCUUGGUGCCGAUGA